AUGCUAGCGGUCUUAUUCAUAAUCAUUUUUCACAUUUUAUCAAAUGCUUAUUAGAGGUUUAUAAAACGUUUGAUAAAAAUUGUUAUUCAUAAUCGUCAUUUAGCGCUAAAAUCCUCUUUUAUCUGUGUGAUAAGUUAUCGAGAGCUCGGGCCUUGUUUAAAGCUCUAAUAAACCUAUUUUAACCUAACUUUUAUAAAUGUCAUUUCAUAUGAAUGUCACUUCGUUGGUUUAUUUAUUCAAAAUAUCCUUGCUGUGAUCCUUGCUUGUGAAAAUGAAUGCUAUAAAUGCAAUUGUGCAUUUAGCCAAUAAUGCCGACCCAGCGCGACGUAGAAAGCUCUACCGCCAACGAAGCAACCCAUUCGAUUUGCGGGACCUAAAUUUUAAAAUAAAAUAUAGGUUCAAUAAGGACACAGUGCGCACCAUCAUAGAUUUGGUGGAAGAUGAUCUGGUUCAGAGCGCUAGAGGUGGUGGCACGUGUCCUGAACUGCAAGUUUUAGUGGCCAUAAGAUGUUGGGGACGUCGUGAGGUACAAGAUGAUGCUGGUGACCUCCAUGGCCUAAGUCAGCCGACAGUGAGCCGGAUAUGCGCCAGAGUCGCGCAUGCAAUCGCGAAUAAGGCAAAUUCCUUCAUCAAAAUGCCUAUCACUAUAGGAGAGCAGGAAAGAAUUAGUGCCAAAUUUAGAGCAAUUAAAAAUUUUCCUGGGGUGAUAGGAGCCAUAGAUUGCACCCACAUUAAAAUUAAAAAAACCGGAGGUGACAUGGCCCAGUACUAUAUUAAUAGAAAAGGCUAUUAUUCCCUGAAUGUUCAGGUUGUCUGUGAUGCUGACCUCAAAAUAAUGGAUAUAGUGGCUAGAUGGCGAGGCAGUACACAUGACAGUCGAAUUUUUAUGGAGAGCAAUAUAAAACAACGAUUUGAGGAUAGGCAGUUUAGAGGACGCCUUAUUGGCGAUUCGGGCUACCCUCUUCUGCCAUAUCUAUUUACACCUAUUUUAAGGCCUAGUCGUCCAGAAGAAGAAGCAUACAAUAAUGCUCACAUCUCAACUAGGAACACUGUUGAAAGGUGUUUUGGGGUGUGGAAGCAGCGGUUCCAAUGCCUACUCCAUGGCUUACCAGUAAGCCUCCAAAAUGGAAAAGCUGUGAUCAUAGCAUUGGCUGUAUUACAUAAUAUAGCCAUUGAUAUGAAUGACACAUUGUUAGAACAACAUAUGGAGCAGGUCCCUGUAACUCCGCAACUUUCGACGGAGAACAGUGUUCACGACAACCGACCUUCAUUGUUGAGGCGUAGGUCGCAGUUGAUACUACAAAAUUUUAUAAAUCAACAUUUUUGAAUGAUACUGUUCCUGGCAUCUUAAUGAAAAUAAAA